AUGGCGCUGAGAAUGUGGGCUUCCUCUACAGCAAAUGCUCUCAAGCUCUCUUCGUCUGCCUCCAAAUCUCAUCUCCUUCCAGCUUUCUCCAUCUCCAGAUGCUUCUCCUCAGUGUUGGAAGGACUUAAGUAUGCAAAUUCACAUGAGUGGGUGAAACAUGAUGGCUCAGUGGCUACCAUUGGCAUCACUGACCAUGCCCAGGACCAUUUAGGAGAAGUUGUGUUUGUGGAGCUGCCAGAAGAGAAAAGCUCAGUGAGCAAAGAAAAGAACUUCGGAGCUGUGGAGAGUGUCAAGGCCACAAGUGAGAUUCUAUCUCCAAUCUCUGGUGAAGUCAUUGAGGUUAACACAAAGCUCACCGAUUCACCUGGGUUGAUCAACGCAAGCCCUUAUGAAGAUGGUUGGAUGAUAAAGGUGAAACCAAGCAACCCUGCAGAGUUGGAAACCUUGAUGGGUCCAAAGGAAUACACCAAGUUCUGCGAAGAGGAAGACGCUGCUCACUAG